CUCCAACCCAGCACAAUCUCUUCAGUGCAUGGAGCUAAACAUCAUGUUCUCAGAACCGGAUGAGAGUGACUGUGAGGAACUACCAGUUUUCUUUCCUGUAAACAAACCUCCUGACCCAAAAAACAGUAUCCGGCCUUCUCCUGAGAACCCGGUAGUUGUGCUCUCCAGUUCAGACUCAGAGGAUUCAUUCCUUUGCUCACCUGCCAGGAAAAAGCCCCAUGGUCCAUGCAAUUCUGUCAAGAUGGCUGCUUCUACAGAUGUGAGACUGCAGCUCAUUAGCGAGAGUGAGGAGGAGGAGGAAAUAUUUGUCCCCUUGGCUGAAAGGCUCCGAAGGAAGUUGCUGGUAGCCAGACCCUCUACAACUGCUCCUUCAUUUACUAGGAUCCAAACCAAGAGUGGCCGAGAGUCCCCUGGGCAUAAUAGGCCCCCUGUCAGCGAUGACGAAUUGGUGCCCACUUGCUGGCAGAAGCCACUACCUGCUGACUCAGAUCUCCAAGAAAACGUGGCACCCAGUGCUUGGGAACUGUCAGACAGUGAUCAGGAGGUAUCUUCAUGGAAUGCUAAGCCACAAUCCUCGCCCCAGCUUCCAAUUUGCAUCUCUGAUAAUAAGAUGCCGGAUGGUACCCACCAAAUAUGCCUGAAGUCUUUUCAGACAAGUACAAGACACAACCAUCAGGACUUGGACAAAGUUUGCCAGGCUGUCCUGCAGAAGAGCAAAGAGCAAGGAGGUCAGAAGCAGCUGCUGGAACAAGAGAAACAGAGGAAAGUAGCUUUGGCCCAACUUCGCAAAGCCCAAAGACCAGAGCAGUGUCUGAAACACAUUCAAAUGGUGUUAGACCCAGGUCUCUUACAGAUUAAUGGUGCGGAUGAGAUCCUUGUCGCUUUGCAGUCAAUGGAGAGUAACUAUGCGAUUGAGAGCCAGGCUGUGCCCUGCAGCAUCACCUGGAGAAGGAAAACUGGCCUAACGGAGGCUGAAGAAGACAACUGGAUAGAAGAACCCAAUGUCCUAGUGCCAAUGCUGCUCCCAGAUUUCAUUGCAAUGAUUCACAACAGCAAGCAGGCUAGGGUGGAAGGUCCUACCGAAACACUGCAGAGUUUUGUGGCGAAAAUCACAGAGAAAAUUCCUGGGAAAACACUGUCAUUGGCAGUAACAGAACUAGAAAAACACUUCAGUUCUCAGAAACCCAAGUCACAAAAGAAUCUGCAGCAAGCAGAACAAAGAAGCAGCAAGGCACAGGAGGAAGGCAAGCCAAGGAAACGGAAAGAGAAGACAAACCCAGUUUCUCAAUUGUCUAGACUGGAUGUGGAAGAAGCUCUGGUGGAGCUGCAGCUUCACACAGGUGUCCAGGUUCAAGUGCUUGCAAGCUGGAAGGAAUUUGGAGAAUUUGCCAGUAUGUUCACUAAGGCUGUGGCUGAAGCCCCAUUCAAAAAGGGAAAAAAUAAAACCAGCUUCUCCUUCUGCCUUGAGGGAGACUGGUGUAGAGGUGUGAAGGUGGAUCGUGCUGGAAAGGGACUGCUUCAGGUAUGGAAGAGACAGAUCCAGCAAUACAACCGAGUCAGUCUGGAGAUGGCCAGCGCCAUUGUAACCCGGUACCCUUCUCCUCUGCUUCUGAUGCAGGCUUAUGAUAGUCACGCUUCAGAGCAGGAGCGGCAACACCUUCUUGCAGAGGUUCCUGUCCGUCGUGGUGACGGAGUGACGACGACAACGAGGCGAGUUGGUCCAGAACUCUCCAAACGGAUUUAUUUGCAGAUGACUUCUCAUAACCCCGACCUUUCCCUGGACGUUACUGGUUGAGCUUAAAGUGUGGAUUUCUGUAAAACUCUGC